AUGGAUACAAAUAAUUUAUUAGUGACCGAAUCGCUUGUCCUUCUUUUUCUCUAUAGUUUUAGAGAAUCAUGCCCUAAUCAACGUGACGCAUCUUCAGCUCAAAGAGCGCGCUUGACGAAACCCGAAAAGAAAAAUUCAUCUGGGUUCCCAUACACUGAGAAUCAAUUGCGAAUAUUUGCGCGUAUAUUAUGCCUUAUUAACAGCAUACUUUUACUGAAAAAUGGAGUGGGAGCGCGUGAGGUGACCUGCACCGAGCGCGAUCUCUACUACUGCAAUCCACCUCUCUUUGCACCUCAGGGUCAGGGUUCAGUACAUCGGUGCUUGGAGCGGCUCGGGGUGUGGAUGCGGAUUGCCGCGUCGUGUAUGGAGAAGAGCGAUGGACUUCCCCAGCCGCACCAGGGGGCGGCUUAUCAGUUCAUCUUCACAACCCCCCAGACGGCAUUGGAGCGAAUCAUAGCGACAGAUGGCCACAAACAGCCGUACUCACGCGAGGAUCUUGGAGUCGUGGCGACCCCGAAGAGCAUUUUGGUAGGUCCGCUGAGCAUGAUGCUGUGUUAUCCACAAGGCGGCGCUGCGGACAGCGCGCCGGUUCAGGUAGGAUGCCAUGGCAUACAUCUUACGGCUGAGAUGGCUCUCUACGGUCGAGGUUAUUCCGUGGGAGACGGUAGCCGAGAAGUGGCCCUGGUUUUCGUGGAGAAGGAAAGCACCCUACGCACUCUUUUGGGUGAGAUUCAAGAGCCGCUACCGAGCCCCAGCGAUGGUGGCGGCCAAGGAGGUUGUGUGCGACGAGGGCGUUCCUACCGGAUGCUAUGCACUAAAGGCUACCCCUGCGUCGCCUCCCGUCUCUUCGUUCGUCGCUUGAAUGCCGAACACCCACAGCUUCCACUUCUUGCCUUAGUCGACGGCGACCCACAUGGCCUGAGGAUUUUGCUUACGAUGCUAGAGGGCAGUCCAACAUGCCGAAGCUUGACCAGAAACUCCGCGGGAAGCCGCCAUAGAAUCGCCUCUUCCUCUGAGGCAGAUUACACGACCGGGCUGUUGCCUUUGCAGUGGGUGGGGUUGAGGCCCUCGAGGAUGUCCCCGCCGCAUCUUUCGAACGCGUCAUUGAUGCCGUUGUCGGCUUCUGACGGGAUCGUCCUGCGGCAACUCGAGCGGCGGAUCUCUGGACACCUGGCAGGCGAUCGAUCCAUUCAUCCCUGCGCGAGGACCACGCUAAGUCAUAUGCUAGAAGAAGUUCAAUGGAUGUGGCGAACACGGCUGAAGGGAGAGCUGCAGGCCUGCACGGACGGGCCGCUUUCAUUGCUUGAGGAAUUUCCGCUCCACAUAUACCUAUGA